AUGUGUUCUUUCAUUUCAGGUUCUCAACCCUGGACUAAGAAAAGAAUCGUGGAACAGAGGAAAACACAUCACUGCUGACAAGACCUCACCUUUCUGCCUUCCAUUCUCCAAAAGGCUUUCUUCCUUUUGGGAAGAAAGUGAGGUGUAUCCACAUACCCUGUCUUCGUUGGCCUUUAAUCUAACUUUUCUAAUUCCUUGGGACAACUUUGACCACUAAUCUUUAGUUUUUGUGUGGACAUCUGACUACCACCCUCUGGAGCCAGUGUUUAGGGCUGAGGGUGCUGAGAGGGUACUGAGGACUGAGCAGCCAGGGCUGUGUGCUGAAGUCACCAUGUCCACCAAGGUCCCCAUUUAUCUGAAACGUGGCAGCCGCAAAGGCAAGAAAGAGAAGCUCCGGGACCUGCUGUCCUCAGACAUGAUUAGCCCACCACUUGGGGACUUCCGUCACACUAUUCACAUUGGCAGUGGUGGUGGUGAUGACAUGUUUGGGGACAUCUCCUUCCUGCAGGGCAAGUUCCACCUCCUUCCAGGAACAGCAGUGGAGGCCGAGGAGGAUGGCAGCUUUGACCUUCCCUUCCAGUUCACCCGCACUGCCACAGUAUGCACGCGCGAGCUCCCUGCUGGGCUUUCACCUCUGCUCAAAAAUGCCAUCUCCCUUCCUGUCAUUGGUGGUCCCCAGGCCCUCACCCUGCCCACAGCCCAGGCUCCCCCUAAACCCCCUCGUUUGCACCUGGAGUCACCACAGCCUUCUCCAAAGUCCUCCACGCAGGAGGCAGGAAAUGUGGACAUCUGGAGGAUUCCAGAGGCCAGCUCGUCACACAAUGGGAUGAGCCCAGAGCCAGAGGCUGAGGAGCCUUUCCUGUCCCAUGCCAGCUCCCUGCUGUCUCUGCACGUGGACCUGGGGCCUUCUAUCCUGGAUGAUGUCCUCCAGAUCAUGGAUCAGGACCUAGGCCAUGUACAGAUCCCCACAUAGGACUCUUGGCUGACCAGACAGGUCACCCAAGCUAUGGUGAUGCCUGGAGAUAUCUAUGGACAUGGCCCUGAUACAGGAGUCAGGAGCCCAGGUCCCACCUAUGGGUGCUGGCCAGUGACUGUCAUUUUGAGCCUUCACUUCCCUCCUCCCAAUGGACAGUGUGCAUCUUUGCUUUCCUUUAACACUCCCAGAAGACCCAUGCAAAAGUUGCCCCAGACACUCAUGAGCCUCUUAGGUCAUUUGGACUCUCACUUCCAAUUGUCUCCUUUCCCUCAAGUCCUAUUCAAGGGAGACUCUGUCAAAAUGAAUUCCACCCCCUUUCCAAUUACCUUCCACUUCAGCAUCAUUUGAUACCCUUCCCAGCUGUCUCUGUGUCCUGGUCUGGGGGCAUGUUGUCUAUAACCAGACAUGUUAUACCUUGUGUCCUAUCCGAUCCCUUUUUCACAUGACCAGGGAAUUCUGGUUGCAAUAAAACAUGCUGCUGCUGGUGGCUCAGCAUCCUGU